ACCCGGAAGGGCUGGCGCUUGGUAACCCCGGCUUCCCUAGCAACCGAGCAGGUGCUUGUCCUAAACAGCCGAAUCCUCGGUUACUACCGCCUCCCGAGAUGCCUCUGCAGGUUAGCGAUUACACCUGGCAGCAGACGAAGACUUCGGUGUUUAUCUCUGUGCCCCUCCGAGGCGUCUCCGUCAGAGACGCGGACGUGUUCUGCACGGAAAACUAUCUGAAGGUCAACUUUCCUCCAUUUUUAUUUGAAGUGUUUCUCUGUGCGCCCAUAGAUGAUGAGAACAGCAAAGCCAAGAUUGGGAAUGACACUAUUAUAUUCACCUUAUAUAAAAAAGAAGUGGCCAUGUGGGAAACCCUUUCACUGCCAGGUGUUGACAAAGAGAUGAUGCAAAGAAUAAGGGAAAAAUCUAUUUUACAAGCACAAGAAAGAGCAAAAGAAGCUACAGAAGCAAAAGCUGCAGCAAGGCGAGAAGAUCAAAAAUAUGCACUAAAUGUUAUGAUGCAGAUUGAAGAAGAGGAGAGGAAAAAAAUAGAAGAUAUGAAAGAAAAUGAACGAAUGAAAGCAACUAAAGAAUUGGAAGCCUGGAAAGAAUGUCAAAGAAAAGCUGAAGAACAAAAAAGAAUUCAUAGAGAAGAGAAAUUCUGUGAACAAGAAAAGCAAAUUGAAGAAGAGAGAAAAAAAUUAAAACAUAAAAGCCAUACUAGAAUUUCAGCAUCUAGAAAUCUUGCCACUAAAGCCACGAAGGUUUUCAAAAGAAGAAAUUCAGAAAAUAUAUUUUUGGAGAAGUUAAAGGAAAAUAGUAUUCCUGCUCCUCGCUCUGUUGGCAGUAUUAAAAUCAACUUUACCCCUCGAGUAUUUCCAACUGCUCUCCGGGAAUCACAAGUAGCAGAAGAAGAGGAGUGGUUGCACAAACAAGCGGAAGCACGGAGAGCAUUGAAUACUGAUAUUCCUGAACUUUCUGAUUUAAAAGAAGAAGAAAAGAAUCCAGAAUGGCUGAAGGACAAAGGAAACAAGUUGUUUGCAACAGAAAACUAUUUGGCAGCUAUUAAUGCAUAUAACUUAGCCAUAAGACUAAAUAACAAGAUUCCACUAUUGUAUUUGAAUCGGGCUGCUUGCCACCUAAAACUAAAAAACUUACACAAGGCCAUCGAAGAUUCUUCUAAGGCACUAGAAUUAUUGACACCACCUGUUGCAGACAAUGCUAAUGGAAGAAUGAAGGCACAUAUACGACGUGGAACAGCAUUCUGUCAACUAGAAUUGUAUGUAGAAGGCUUACAGGAUUAUGAAGCUGCACUUAAGAUUGACCCGUCCAAUGAAAUUGUACAAAAUGAUGCUGAGAAGAUUCGGAAUAUAAUUCAAGGAACAGAACUAAAAUCUUAAUGACUGCUGAAGCAACUAGGUAUUGUACUAGAUAUUGUUUGAAGUUUUUAAAAAAAUAACUGGAGACAUUAGGAAUCUUUGUAAAUAUGGCUGAUUGUGCAGAAUCACUUUCUCUUUAGUUCUCUAGUUCUGUAGAGGGCAAAAUCUAUAGAUUUAUAUAUUACAAAUCUAUGGAAAAUUAAAUGUGUGACUUGAAUGGUUUCUGAAUAAGUAAAUCAAAACAAGAAUGA